AUGACUUCAAUAAACAUUAUCCCUACCACCCCUAUGGAAGAAUGUUAUGAAUAUCGUCAUAAAAAAUUCGAUCAAAGUAGUCAACGUUUUCGUUCGAAUUCUUUAAGUUCUUCUCAAGGAGACUAUGAGUGCAUCAAAGUGGACAUUGAAAGACUUAAUGAUAAUACCAGCGCAACAUCAUCAACAUCUUCGAACAACAUUAAUUAUUUAGCAAAAGAAUCGAGCCUAAAAAGAACUCAUACGGCUCUUAAUAGUGAAGAACAUAACUACGCUAGUAGUUUUCUACCCGAAGCCAAAAGAUCACGUGCCACAUCAUUUGGCAGCAGCAGCACAUACUCACAAGUAUUUUCACCUUUAGCGAUCACACGUCAAACAUCAACACCUUUCAUUCUAACUACCAGUGUAUCCUCAGCAAUCCCACCUCCAGUAGCCAUUUUACCCAAAAUUAGCGAUGAUACCUUACGCAGCAUUUGUAAAUAUCAUGGUAAUAUGGUAAGGAAAUUCCCCAAAAAAGAACGUUCUGCCAAGGAUCAAGAGAGACGUGAUAAGAAUACCAUUGCCUGUCGCAUGAGUCGACGUGUUAAGAAAUUGGAACAUAUUGCCAUUGAGGAACAAUAUAAGGAAUUUUCUCAACAAACUUUUAACAUCAUUGAGCAGUCGAUGAGAGCCACGGCCUAUUUGCAUGAAUUAAUGCAAUUAACCUCAAAUCAGCAGUUGAAAGGAGUCGAGUGCCAAACCUCUGAGAAAUUAACUAAGACUCCAGCGAAGAAACCUUUUACUAUAGACUUUUUAGUGGGUAAUGAAAAGAGCAUUUAG